UGCCAGGAGAAGCCAACUCAGCGCCUCCAGCGGCUGUGGGCCUCGCCAUGGACCCUGAGAGCUGCCCCUGCCCUACCGGUGGUUCCUGCACCUGCGAAGACUCCUGCAAGUGCCAGGGAUGCAAAUGCACCUCUUGCAAGAAAAGCUGCUGCUCCUGCUGCCCUGCGGAGUGUGAGAAAUGCGCCAAGGACUGUGUGUGCAAAGGUGGAGAGGGGGCUGAGGCUGAGAAGUGCAGCUGCUGCCAGUGAGGACAUGCCCCUGGCAAGGGGCGUGGGGAAAUAGUGCCCAUGCCCCCUUGGCCUGUGGCGAGGCAUGGCUCUGUGUCCCUCCGCCCUGCUGGCCCCUGGCAAGUGACAAUAAAUCCCGUAAACCACAUGA